AUGGCUUUCUAUCUCUACAAGAAAAUAAAAGCCUCUCGGGCGGAGAAGGCUGCCCAGGAGAUUCCUCUCGGUAAUACACAAUCCAGUUCCUUUGAGGAUACUCCACUUCAACAAGAUGGAGUACUGCCCACUGAUGACUCGCAAAGACCCCUCCAGGAGAAGUCUUCUCCUGAAGCUGAAGCAGAGAAGCGCAGAAUGCGAAUCUACCGCUGGAAGCUCAUCGGCAGUCUCUUCCUGCCCUAUCUACUAGCAAGUAUCGACUUGACGAUUGUUGCGACCGCCGUGCCCUUUAUCGCGUCGCAUUUCGACCAACUCGGCGAGCUUAAUUGGAUUGUUACGGCGUUUACUCUGACCUCGACAGCGUUCAUUCCGACAUUUGGUCAGCUCGCGGAUGUCUUCGGGCGUCAUGUCGCGCUGCAGCUGGCGACGCUUCUCAUGCUUAUUGGGAGUGUCCUGUGCGCGGCGGCGCAGACCUGGGGCAUGCUCUUGCUGGGUCGUGCGUUGCAGGGUGUGAGCUCUGCUGGUUUGAUGGCGACGGUUAUGAUCAUCCUUGCGGAUAAUGUGAGCCUGGAGGAGAACGCAAAGAACAAUUCCGUCUUUGCGAUUGUCAGUGGUGUUGCGUAUUCCAUUGGGCCGGUUGUUGGAGGAUACCUGACUGAUUCAAACUGGCGCUACUGCUUCGUUAUAUCCAUUCCUAUCGCCUUCGUCUCGCAUAUAAUAAUAUACAUCGUCCUCCGCAACGAACUCAAACAAGGCACAUACUCUCGCUCCGGCACGCGCCUGUCCUCCCUCCUCCCCGCCCUCGCAACCCUCGACAUCAUCGGCACAAUCCUAUUCAUCUUCGGCGUCGGGCUCAUAAUCCUCGGCACAGCCUGGGGCGGGUCUGCAUACCCCUGGGCCUCUGCGCAGGUCCUAGCCCCCCUGGUCGUCGGCGGUGUCUGUUUCGUCCUGUUCUUCGUAUACGAGUAUUUCCUGGAAAAGGGAGCUCUGCGGAGGAUAUUUCCCACGCAAACGCCUAUGCUCCCGUAUAGCAUGUUCAAACGCCUUGAUACGCUCUGGCUUGCGAUUCUACAGUUCGCGGCUGGGGCGGCGAUGUACUCUGUCUUUUAUUAUGUCGGGAUUUAUUUUACUCUUGUGGAGAAUUAUCCCGCUAGUAAGGCUGGCGUGCAGUUACUCUACUACAUCCCUGGUUUGGGAGCCGGAGUCUACCUAGCAAUCAUCCUCUGCACCACCUACCCAGCCCAAACCUUCCACCCCCUAACGCUCGGAACCCUCCUCGAAACCCUCGGCCUAGCACUCGUAACCUACGGCAUCCACUCGCAGCGCACAAACAUCCUCAACGGGAUGAUGGUGCUAGCCGGCGCGGGCACAGGAAUCCGCAUGAUGCCGGCGACUCUACACGCGUCUGGAGUCUGGCCCGACCGGAUUGCGGCGGCUCUCUCGCUCAUGCGCUUUGCGUUGCCGUUUGGAGGCACGAUUGGGAUUACGGUUAUGGGGAGUGUGUUUAAUAAUAAACUCUCUUCUGGGAUUGCAGCUGUACCUGGUUUGGAUGGUAGUGGGAGUGGGGAUGUAUCAGCAGGGCUAGGAAGUGGAGGAGGGUCAGCAAGUAGUCUGGAUUUCGUGAACGGGUUGCCAGGGCCGCAGCAGGAGGGUGUGAGGAUUGCGGGUAGGGAUGCGAUUAUGUGGGCUUAUAUUGGCAUCUUGCCGAUUCUGGGGAUUAGUUUGGUGACGGGGUUGCUUUUGGGGAAUGUGUGGAUUAAGUCGAAGAAGAAGAAGACGCCUGGACGGGUUGAGGAGGGAGGGAGUGAGGGUGGGAAUCGGGCUGGGGAGAGUGAGGUUAUUUAUGUGCCGUAUUUGUAUGCGAUUUUCAAGGGGGUGGACAAGUAUAAGCAUGUUACUCGGCCUGCCCUCGAGUCUGAUGCAGACAGUCUUCCACAGAGCUAG